AAAUGCUGAAAGGUCUUUUCCUAAGGAACUGGGUCAAUGUUAUUUUCAUAAAAAUGGAACAACCCGAAGUGACGAAACGCUUGUAAUUUAACUGCUAACAGUUUUUGUUUACAUUUUGUGUCAAAAUCUUUCAAACAAAGAUUAUUUUAUAUUGAGUUAUCGUGUGUUUGUGUUUUAAAGAGAGUGCCACUAUCACGCCAUGUUCUACUGGCUGAUUGUAACACUCAGAGGUUGGCUCUAUUCGGUUUUCAUUGGUUUGAUACAAGCCUAUUAUAACAGGUAAGACGAAGUUCAGUUGUGUGUUAGACUUAACAUCUGGGUGGGUAAUACAAACCCAAGUUGUGUGUUAGACUUUAUAUUUGACAGGGUAGAAAAAGUCUAGUCGCGUUUUAAACUUGACACCUGACAAGGGUAAGACUAAUGAGCUUUGGUCUUUUGCACUACAUGAUUCUGUUUUAUUUCAUAACCGUGUCCAGUGUUGUUGACUCAUAUUUUAGAUUCAUUUAUAAAAAGCAAUGAACAUAUCUUCAAAAAAAUCUAAAAUUUGACAUGAAUUGCUAAGCCGCUUAGUUAAUGAAUGUAUAUCCUAAUUGUAGCCAUGGUAACACACACACACACACAUACACACACACACAUGUAAAAGUUAUUUUAAUUCUCUAUUUUUAUUUGAUCAAAACUCUCUAGUAUCUAUCAUCUGGAUUAUUCGAUACUUUAUACUUCGAUAUUAAGUCACAUAAACGUACAUUAUGAUUUAAGGACUCAUGAUUGAUCAAACUAUCUUCAUAAACAGUGCUAGUCAGGGGUCAAGAACACACAACUCUUAAUGAUGACGGUGUUUUACAUUUCAUUGAUUAAUUCCCAUUUCAUUCAUGGGCAUCUUCGACCUGUUUGGAAUAAGAGAUGACUGUGAAUUAUGCAUGUACAAACACUUCCAAACAUGUAUGCUUGUAUCAAGCAGUAAAAACAUCGUACAAUUUUAAGAUUUAAAAAAUGUAAAAAAAAAAUAUAUUUUUUUUAACUUAAAGAAUAAAAAAACAAAAAACUAGGAUAUUUACAGUUAACAUUUAAAUGCAUUUUCUAACAACCAGACGUACUCAAUUAACAACAAGAUCUAAAUGCCAAGUACGAGAUUUACAUUUGAUACACAGUGGUGUAACCAGAGUAACCAGAGGCAUCCAUAGGGUUGGCGCCCCCCCCCCCCCCCCCCCCCCCCCCCCCACCCCCCCCCCACUUGAACUGAUCUUAACACCACAUCAUACAAAAUCACAUAUUAUAUUAUUCGUCAAUUAAGUUAUAGAGCAAUGUCAUCCGUACGAAAAACCAUAGAUUGUUGGGUGAAAAGCAUAAAGAAAUUAAUCAUCAAAACUGCAUUGUAUGGAAAAAUUAAAAACUUACAGUAAAAACAUUCCUUUCAAAGCUGUCACUGAGUUCAUCUCAAUCAGGGGUCGGGAACCUUUUUGUCUGAGAGCGCCAUGGACACCACAUAUUUUGAAAAAUAAUUCUGUUAGAGCCGUACAUUAAUUUUAAAACUAAAAAUUGUAGAAAAUUUGUAGAAUGGAAUAUUGGUAUGCAAUUAAUAUGCCGAUCAAAGGAGUCUGAAGAAAUAUUUUUUUUAAAAAUAAUCGAACAUUUUUCUGGGAGCCAGAUGCAGCCAUCAAUAGAGCCACAUCUGGCUCGCGAGCCAUAGGUUCCCGACCCCUGAUCUAAAGCAACAUACUUCACCUUACAACUUUUAAUUGACAAAAAUACCCCCAAAAAAUCAUGGGAUGUGGUUCCAUAGACACACAGGUUAUCAGAAAUAUUCGUUCAGUUAAUGGGAGCAUUGGGAGAUAUUCUAGGAAGUUCCAUUCACAUUUUGAAUGUCAAAACUUCAAAUGUUGACCAACCCUUGGCUUCGGCGAGAUUAACACGUCCUGAUUUUGGAUAUCUUCAAACUUCAAACUUCACAUUAAAAGUUCACAUUAAAAGUUCACAUUAAAAGUUCACAUUCAUAGAAAGUGAACGUGGUCGGCUUUGGAAUGGACACGAGUAACUCUUCAUCAUUGGAUGAUAAGAAAAUCUUUGCUUCAACAGCUGCAACAAAAUGUAUGUUACUUUCUUGACAGCUCUUGGAGUUCACAGGGAAAACGAUCAAUGACCUCAAGCAUCACACUCUUGUAUUUACUUGGCAAAUGGAGUCCGGAGUAUCUCUUGACUGCUUUCAUGGCGUUUUCUUCUUGAACCUUGAUCUUCUCUCUACCGACAGUCCGUAUUGGCCUACUCUUGAAAAUGCUUGUUCAAUGCUAUGCUCCACUAUUUGACUGUGCUUAUAUCGCACCGGCAGGGAUCACCCCUUUAUCAAAAGUAAAGCCUUUGAUACUCAGAUGUUGCUGAGUAGGAUCAGGCUCCUCAAGUAUAUCAGACAAAAAGUAAAAGUAGCAGAGAAGCGUGAAAUCACAGAAAGAAAAGACUUUGUGGUGUACUUCGUGCGUUCAAGGCCUAGUGGUUUACUUCGUGUAUCAAGGACAUUGUGUGUACUUCAUGCGUUAAAGACCGAAUGGUGUACUUCGUGCGUCAAAGACCUAGUGGUGUACUCCGUGUAUCAAGGACCUUGUGUGUACUUCGUGCCUCAAAGACCUAGUGGUGUACUCCGUGUAUCAAGGACCUUGUGUGUACUUCGUGCCUCAAAGACCUAGUGGUGUACUCCGUGUAUCAAGGACCUUGUGUGUACUUCGUGCCUCAAAGACCUAGUGGUGUACUCCGUGUAUCAAGGACCUUGUGUGUACUUCGUGCCUCAAAGACCUAGUGGUGUACUCCGUGUAUCAAGGACCUUGUGUGUACUUCGUGCCUCAAAGACCUAGUGGUGUACUCCGUGUAUCAAGGACCUUGUGUGUACUUCGUGCCUCAAAGACCUAGUGGUGUACUCCGUGUAUCAAGGACAUAGUGGUUUAUUUAAUGCGUCCAACACCUAGUGGUGUACUCCGUGCAUCAAGGACCUCGUAGUGUACUUCAUGCGUCCAUGACCUAAUGGUGCACAUCGUUCGUCCAAGACCUAGUGGUGUACUUCAUGUAUCAAGGACCUAGUGGUGUACUUCUUGGGACCAAGACCUAGUGGUGUACUUCAUGCGUUCAAGACCUAGUGGUGUACUUCGUAUAUCAAGGACCUACUGGUAAAGGUUUUGUGGCCAAAAUUUUCACGAAGGUCAUAGUGCUUUAAUGACCACCACACAUUGAUCAAACUUGUCUUUAGAUUGUUUUAAUGCAGCAUGAUCAACUCUCCAGCGUGUUGAUGAUAGUCUUUUCACUGCCAUUCCAGCGUGUUGUUGAAAGUCUUUUCACUGACAUUCCAGUGUGUUGUUGAUAGUCGUUUUACUGACAUGACAGUGUGUUAAAUUAAAAUGUCUCCUCUAUAAGUGGAAGCCGAAAAGAGAGUACCAAAAGAUGUUACACAUGAUGCCAUGUGAGCAAAAGAGUGUCGACCACACACGUUGAGUGGCUGAUCCAAAAAAUACAUUUAAAAAUGGCUUUCUUGUUCUUUCCUUUCAGUAGUGCUUGCACACAUCCAUGAAUACGAUACGCUGUGGCAACAUCAUUUGAAUCAUUUGUAACCUUGAACUCGGCGCAUUAUUAUGUUCAGUCCAUCACUUUACAGUUUUUUAAAGUUAAAAAAAAACAAACAAACUAGAGCAACGUCUCUCUUCAGUUUUCAGAUCGAGGAUUGUUACAUAUCUGAUCACCUCAGUCAUCUGGUCAGUAUCUGAUUGGUACGUUCUGCUGUUGAACAUGACUCGAAAAUACUUCUCAGACAAGCAUAUAUAUCCAUGACAAGCAUCCCCUUAACAUAAUUUGUCAGAACAUUCAUAAGUAUAUUCUGAGUUUUUGGUGCCAGAUAAGAUGCAUAUACUUUAAACAUGGUGGCACCCUGCUCUUGUAAUAUCUUAGAUAUUUUAUUAACCGGACUUGAGUGACCUCUGUCAAAUAUUCAAUUUUUCAUUUGUGUGUCCCCCCCCCCCCCGCCCCCUGUGAGGUUGUCACCCGCCGGUGCUGCCACACCCCAUUCACUCGCUAGUUACGCCACUGUGCGUUACGUAACCCUGUUACAUUAUUAAUUAAACAUGGUGGCCCCCUGCUCUUUUAAUUUCUUAGAUAUUUUAUUAACCGGACUUGAGUUACCUCUGUCAAAUAUUCAAUUUUUCAUUUGUGUGUCACCCCCCCCCCCCGCCCCCUGUGAGGUUGUCACCCGCCGGUGCUGCCACACCCCAUUCACUCGCUAGUUACGCCACUGUGCGUUACGUAACCCUGUUACAUUAUUAGGAGUGUCUUUGCAAACAUUUGUAUGAUAAUAGGCCCGUCUUUAAGCCACUUGGACAAAAGUUAGUCAUCAUCAUCUUUGUCUUUAUAGUAGAGAAAAUUAUAAUAUAAAAGUGAAGACGAUUUCAUGAUUUUUUUCUUUGGAUUGUAUUUUCAAAUAAUUUAGGAAGCGUGGGAGAAGGGUGUUGUAUAUAAGCAUGAAAAGGGCCGGAAUCGGUCCGCAGGUCGGAGUCUUAGCAUGGCCUACUUAACACUUCAUAUCGGAUCAUUUUUUUAUGAUUUGUAUCCAUAGGCGGCAACUAAAACAGGAGAGGAGGCAGCUGAAAUUUGAAAGAAAGAUUGGACGUCUGGAAUGUGCCACAUCAAACAGUCAGGUAGAAUAACAUUAAUUUUGAAAGUAUCACCUCACUUCCAUCAAAAACGCAUCAAGAUAAAUAAAUACAAUAAUAAUACAGACUUUCUUCCAACGUUUCAAUAGUUUUGCCAAGAUCGUUACAAAAAAAAAAAAAAAACAACUUGUUUGUGUUUGUAAGCGACUGAGUUCAAAUGGACUAUUAAUGUAACUGAUUAUUAAAAAAAUCAUUUUAGGUUAGUGCAAAUUUGAUAUCUCAAAAAAGUGCUUUAAAUUAAAUGAAAGCGGCAGUCUGGAAGCUCAUAACCUUUUUAAAAAAAAAAAAAAAAAAAAAAAAAAUUGUGCUUUUUUUUUUUUUUAAAUGAUCUUUUCUCUUUGUUAUAAUUUCUGCAAUUGAGGCAACUUAAACAUUUUAAAAUAAUUAUUAUGUGUCGUAUUCCUGGCCAUCGCAGUGCAUAACCAGCUCCUGCCAGGCAAGAAGACAGAGGAAAUGGGAAAGGAAAGCUGACAAGUGGUCUCUGAAAGCGGCCAUGUUGCCUAGCAGACGCACGUCACGGGACAUUACUGUACAGGCAUCGGGAAGAGUGAACUCCCUGGCCUAUGAGCAAACCGUGAGCCCUAAUAUGACGGAGUGGGAAAAUGACGGCCCACCACCGUCUUAUGAUGAGGCCUGCACAGACCUCCCGACAUAUCUAGAAGCCACGGCACCCCUGGGAGAAUUCGUGAACUGAACUGUAAGAUUGAAAGAGAAACGGUCAAACUUCAUUGGUCCAAAUGUUAGAGGUCAACAAUCCGAGCGAUCCUCCUUCACGUUAUCUCAGAAGUCUUUCAUGAACUCGAACGAUGACAUCAUUGCAGUUAGAAUGUCAUGUUAGAUUAAAAAAAAAACAUAGACAGCGUGAUACCAUGUGUUUGUUUAACUUAAGUCAUUGACAGCGUGACACCAUGUGUUUGUUUAACUUAAGUCAUUGACAGCGUGACACCAUGUGUUUGUUUAACUUAAGUCAUUGACAGCGUGACACCAUGUGUUUGUUUAACUUAAGUCAUUGACAGAGUGAUACCAUGUGUUUGUUUAACUUAAGUCGACAUUGCUUUUGAUGAUAAACUCUACUGUUUAAAACAAAAUAUUUUCUUUGAAGCAUUUUUCAAUAGUAAAAAAAAAGAUAUUGAAAACAACCA